CUGGGCAGUUGGAAAGCAUUCAGUGCCCUCUCUCUCUCUCGGACACUCCCUCCUCUCUCUCCUCAGACAUCCCAUGCUUGGAUCUUCCUCGCUGAUUCCCCACACUCCGAUCCGUUAGCUCCCGGCAAAAUUGAGCUCCAAAGGCGGGUUCUUGAUCCGUAGAAGCGUCGGGCCGGAUAGCUUCGUGGAUCGAUUCGGUGGCCAUUGCGGUUGGAUCCGAGCAGGAGGAGAUCGGGCCAAAGAGGCAACAUGAUGAUGGGGACUCAACUAUGUUCUUCCAGGGUUCUGUCACUUCCACGGGAUGAGAGCGGCGACGAGGAGCUCUCGGUGCUUCCCCGGCAUACCAAGGUUAUUGUCACUGGGAACAACCGAACAAAGUCUGUCUUGGUCGGCCUACAAGGUGUUGUCAAGAAGGCUGUUGGCCUUGGAGGCUGGCAUUGGUUGGUUCUAAAGAAUGGUGUAGAGGUGAAGUUGCAGAGGAAUGCUUUGAGUGUCUUGGAAGCUCCAACAGGAAACGAAGAUGACGACGAUAUCGACGGCAAUAAUUCAUUCUGCAGCAGCUCUGACAUGGGAGACAAAGACAUGGAUUAUUUAGCAAGCAUAGAAUACCACAAACCAACGAAGCCAAGGGUUCGGCAUACAAGGCCGUGGUCCUCCUGUGCGAAGUCCAGCAACCGAGGAAAUUGCCAUUUGAAUUCGAAGCUGCGAGCGGGAGUAAAUCUGACAAAGCUUGGAACACCCACACUUUGGAGAUACUGGAAGCACUUUAACCUUGUAAGCAUGAAUCCCAAUCCUUCAAAGGAGGAGCUCUUCCAUGGGGUCCAGCAGCAUUUCCAGUCUCAGCAGAAAUUGGAUGAGUUGCAGGUCAUCCUGGGCUUCAUCCACACAGCGAAGCGGCUCAAGAGCCUGUACAACCCCUAGCCUGCCUGCAUGCUGCACAGAACCUUCGUGCUCUUCUCCUUUGUGGUAUAGAUCCCAAGAACUUAUAUGUGCCUGUGCAAAAUUGCUCAAGUCUUGAGAGAGCUUGAACAGAAAGAAUUAGAGAUGAAUUUAUUUAAUCUGUAAUUCUUUUCUUACUUGUAUUGAUGAAUUAUGUAAAACCCUCGAUGGCACGGUGUCAACUGACAAAUCUCAAUUAUUGGAGAUAAUAGUACAAUGUGUAGCUAGCUAGUGGUAUGGUCAACAAAAUACUACAUGCCUUUAUCUUUA